AACAUGUGUGCCAAAGUAUACUCGUUUGCCGAGUCGGUCGAGGUGGCGAAUUCCGUGGGAAAGCACAUCUUGAAGCUCCAAAAAUCGGCUAUCGCCAGUUCCGACUCGUUCAAGAUUGCACUUUCCGGAGGCUCACUUGGCAAUGUUUUGAAGAAAGCUUUGAUUGACAACACAUCUAUUGCUUCUGAAGUUCAAUGGGACAAAUGGGAAGUGUACUUCAGCGACGAGAGGUUGGUGCCGUUGGAUCAUCCCGACUCCAACUACGGUUUGUUCAACGAGUUGGUGUUGAAGAACUUGCCUUCUGGCACCAAGCAUCCAUCGUUGCACGUGAUUGACGAAUCACUUUUGACCGGUAAAGAUGGGCAAGCCGCAGGUGCAGAUCUGGACAAGGACAAGCAGAUUGCCGAAGCCUACGCAGCCAGCUUGCCACAGGAUGCAAAAUUUGACUUGAUCUUGUUGGGAUGUGGUCCAGACGGCCAUACCUGCUCUCUUUUCCCUGGCCACAAGUUGUUGAAUGAACGUGAUCAGCUCAUUGCUUACAUCAGCGACUCGCCCAAACUUCCACCAAGAAGGAUCACCUUCACCUUCCCAGUGUUGGAGAGAGCUACAGCCAUUGCUUUUGUGGCAGAAGGUGCCGGAAAGGCUGCGAUUUUGAAAGACAUUUUUGGCGACGAGCUGUCCAAGUUGCCUUCUAAGUUAGUCAACGACAUAUCUGGGGUUGAGGUGUCGUGGUUCGUAGACAACAGUGCUGUCGAGGGAGUAAGAGUAAUCACUUCCAAGUACUAAAGGUAUACGGUAAUGCUUGAACGAGGAUUGCCGGGUAUGGGUGGUUGAAAUCCAUAACUAUAUAUAAGUGUAUCGUAGCUGUCAUGGCUAUCAUGGCAAUUCAAGCUGUCGUAUACGUAUACAUUUGUAGUUCAUCUCAGUGUGAACCAGAUAUUCAUAUAUAACUAAAUGUCUUAUAUAUACAAUAUAUGAAUAG